CAGAGCACAGUCCACACCAGCGAGGCAUGAGCAGACACUCAUCCCGGGGCUCGGUUCGUUUAUUUGACUGUGAUUUCAGGGCAGAUGGUCAGUAGCAUGGUGCCAAAGCGCUGCGUAAAACGUCUUCCGUGAUAGUGUGGAGCAGAACUAGACUAUUGGAUGUUUGUUGUUUGUACUUCUGGGUCCUGAGCAGCACCAGAGGGGAAGGGAAGUCACCCCACACGAUUUGGACAUGAAGAAAGAUAUAGACGCCCUGAUCUCCGAGGAACGUGCUGAAAUCAUCAAUAAGUAUGACAAGGGCAGGCAGGAGGGCGUCGAUAUUGACCCCUGGGAAGACGCGGAUUACAGCAUCUAUAAAGUCACAGAUCGAUUUGGAUUCUUACACGAGAAGGAACUCCCGACGCCAAGCGCACUCGAAGAGAAGCAAAAGCAUCAAGAAAUCGAGCGAGUGGAGAAAUGGCUGAAGAUGGUGAAGAAAUGGGACAAGUAUAAAAAUAGUGAAAAGUUGGUAAAGAGAGUGUACAAAGGCAUCCCGCUCCAGCUCCGAGGUCAAGCCUGGGCUCUGCUUUUGGAUUUGGAGAAAGUAAAACAGGACAACGAAGGAAAGUAUGAGAAAAUGAAAAUACAGGCUCGUAACUUCUCCACCGAGAUCAAGCAGAUCGAUUUGGACGUUAACAGAACCUUCAGGAACCACAUUAUGUUCAUGGACCGUUUUGGAGUAAAGCAGCAGGCCUUGUUUCACGUCCUCGCAGCCUACUCGGUCUACAACACGGAGGUGAGCUACUGCCAAGGCAUGAGUCAGAUUGCGGCCAUCUUGCUCAUGUACCUGAACGAGGAGGAUGCUUUCUGGGCUUUGUCUCAGCUCCUCACGAACAGUAAACACGCCAUGCACGGAUUCUUCAUUCCGGGAUUUCCAAAGCUUCAGCGUUUCCAAGCCCAACAUGAACUCAUCCUCUCCAAAAUGCUGCCUAAGCUAAAGAAACACCUGGAUAAAGAGCAGAUGACAACUGGGAUUUACACCACCAAAUGGUUUCUGCAGUGCUUCAUUGACAGAAGCCCUUUUACCCUCACUCUGCGACUCUGGGACAUCUACAUAUUGGAGGGAGAUAAGUUGCUAACCGCCAUGGCUUAUACUGCACUGAAGUUGCACAAAAAGCGUCUCCAGAAGCUUCCGUUGGAGGAUCUGAGGGAAUUCCUUCAAGAGCAGCUGUCGGUUUCUUUCUUUUUACCCGACGAUGUGGUGGUUGAACAGUUACAGGCGGCGAUGUCUGAGCUGCGGAGUAAAAAGUUGGAUCAGCCUCCUCCAGCCAAGUCAGACGAGCUGCCAAGAAAACCACUGGGUCAAGAGAGACCAGUUCCCGACCAUCCCGACUCGCCUCUCGAGGUCAAAAUCAGUUUGCAAGAGCAGAGCCACUCCAGCACGAUCCCCCAGCAAAUGAACAUCACUUUACACCCGACGUCUUCUCCUGUGGAACCCGACGACAGCAGAAGCUUCACUCCUUUCUCGCCUUCUCCAGACUCUGUCGUAGAGCACAGCGAAAUCUCUGAGCACUCUUCGUCUGUAAAGCCCUGCAGAGCUCCGCCGUUACCGCCAAAACAAGAAAAACCUUCAGCCAAUGCCGUAAAAAUGGUUAGAAGCUCAGAUCCAGAGGAGAGCAACCAACCUGGACAUAAGGAACUUCAGGAAGAGUCUGUGGAGUGGCCUCCUCCUUACGAGCCCCCCGCUUUGGACGCUGUCCCCAUCCAACCUGACAUCAUGGACCUACCCGAACUACCACCUCCACCUUUUUGUUACACAGAGGACACCGCACCUCCAAAGCCAGAGUUUAGUUCUUCACCGCGGUCUCAAGCGAAGCCUAAAAUCGGCCCCAAACCGAUCACAUCCCUCGACAUCCUACAGAAAAAACCUUCUCCAACCCGUGUCUUCACAACUUCCUCGGCAUCAUCUUCCCCGCGAGUUCCACCGAAGCCGACCAAAUUCCCCGUUUCCCUCUACGUUCCGGUUCACACGGGAGACAGGCGGCCUUCCAAUACCUCCCAGUAUGACAAUCUUUCCGAAGGCGACGACGACGAACGCUACAUCGACAGGCUUUUGGCAACUACUCCAGAGGAAUCACCCAAGACUCUUAAUACCUUCAACAAAGACUAUAACCCCAUCAACUGUCCUGUUUCUCCACCUCCGAUGUUCAUCCCACCGUCUCCAAGCCCGCCAUCGUUUCGUUCAGUGUCCCAAGAGCCGCUCUGCGAGGUGGACGAGCGUUGGGCGGGAGAUCCGACGCUCGUGACCCCUCCUCGUUCAACCUUCGCUGACAGAGUGACGCCUUUUCAGAGCGGCGGACACAGCUGUUCGGACAUUCACAGAGCGAGUUCGCCAAACUACUCCAAAGCUUUCUCCAGGGGUCCCAGGGGACAUUCUGCCUUCCCCGCGCCGCUCCUCUACACCGGGUCCCCUCCAAGAGCGACAAGCCCGGCCUCCGUUGGGGUCCCGCUGGUCAGAUCCAACCCAGACUUUUGCCGGAUGCCUCCAGGUGGUCCGCAACUACCCAAAUCAGUGACUUUUGGAUAAUGCAUGUUCGGUAAAGAUGGACUGAAGUAUUUUUGCUGCCGUUUGAAAGGUUUGGCCAGUAUUUUUCCAAACAAAAAACAACUUGUGUGUGCAUGUGUAUGAGAAACCUUUAACUAAUGUGUAAAUAGCAAUGCCUGCCUCAUAUUUCAAGGGCUUAGAAACAGCAAAUCGUUUACACAUUUACACAGAAAUUGGC